AGGCGGGGCGCGUGGGUUUCCGGUGUGGGGAGGGAGGGAGGGAAGGAAGGAGGGUCGCAAUCCUUCUUCCUCGUUUUGGUCCGUCCCCCCAUUUUGAGGUAGCUCGGGGGAGCUCUCAUGUCCAAAUCUGGAAGGCUGUUGGUGCUGCUCCCUCGGGAAGCUCCGGCGCUUCCAGAUCUGGAAGCCAUUCUUCCCCUCUUUGCCCCUAGCCACAUCGUCGUCGCGUCUCUGCAAGGGGAAGUCAAACUGUCAAAGUGAAUGUCUUCAUGCUGCUACGUGCCCAAGAGAGCAUUGCUUGUUCUUGGCUAGCUAGGGUUUCCUCGUGGUGGUGGUGGUGGACGAGGUGAUCCGUAGCGGCGUUUCUUGCUUGUUUGUGUAGCCUGCAUAAACCUGGAGGAGCCGUGGAGGAGGAGGGAGCAGCAGAUCCCGUCGUGUGGUAGCUCGAGCAGCAAGGUGGUGGUGGUGGCCGUCGGGGGGGAAGGCGCCAUGACGUACUUCCCCGAGGAGGUGGUGGAGCACAUCUUCAGCUUCCUGCCGGCGCAGCGCGACCGGAACACCGCGUCGCUCGUGUGCAAGGUGUGGUACGAGAUCGAGAGGCUGAGCCGCCGCAGCGUCUUCGUGGGGAACUGCUACGCCGUGCGCGCGGAGCGGGUGGCGCUGCGGUUCCCGAACGUGCGGGCGCUGACGGUCAAGGGGAAGCCGCACUUCGCGGACUUCAACCUCGUGCCGCCGGACUGGGGCGGCUACGCGGCGCCGUGGAUCGAGGCCGCCGCCAGGGGCUGCGCCGCCCUGGAGGAGCUGCGGAUGAAGAGGAUGGUCGUGUCCGACGAGAGCCUCGAGCUGCUGGCUCGCUCGUUCCCGCGGUUCAGGGCUCUUGUCCUCAUCAGCUGCGAGGGGUUCAGCACCGACGGGCUAGCUGCGAUCGCAAGCCACUGCAAGCUUCUGAGGGAGUUGGAUUUGCAGGAAAAUGAAGUGGAGGAUCGAGGGCCUAGGUGGCUCUCCUGCUUCCCUGAUUCCUGCACAUCACUUGUUUCCUUGAAUUUUGCCUGCAUCAAAGGGGAGGUUAAUGCUGGUUCAUUGGAGAGACUUGUUAGCAGGUCCCCAAACCUGCGUAGUUUAAGGCUGAAUCGAUCUGUAUCAGUAGAUACACUUGCAAAGAUACUAAUGCGCACCCCUAAUUUGGAGGACUUGGGGACAGGGAAUUUGACAGAUGAUUUCCAAACUGAGUCCUAUUUUAAGCUUACCAGUGCACUAGAGAAAUGCAAAAUGUUGAGGAGUUUGUCAGGAUUUUGGGACGCUUCUCCUGCUUGCCUGUCUUUUAUCUACCCCCUGUGCGUGCAACUAACAGGAUUAAACUUGAGCUAUGCUCCCACCCUUGAUGCUUCUGACCUUACAAAAAUGAUCAGCCGCUGUGUGAAGCUCCAACGCCUUUGGGUACUGGAUUGUAUCUCAGACAAAGGGUUGCAAGUGGUGGCCUCCAGUUGCAAAGACUUGCAAGAACUCAGGGUAUUUCCAUCAGAUUUCUAUGUUGCUGGUUUUUCUGCAGUGACAGAAGAGGGACUUGUUGCAGUCUCCUUGGGCUGUCCAAAGCUUAACUCAUUACUGUACUUCUGUCACCAAAUGACUAAUGCUGCACUAGUUACUGUUGCUAAGAACUGCCCAAACUUCACACGGUUCAGACUUUGUAUUCUUGAGCCUGGGAAGCCUGACGUUGUGACCAACCAACCGUUAGAUGAGGGCUUUGGCGCUAUUGUUCGUGAGUGCAAGGGACUACAGCGGUUGUCAAUAUCUGGUCUUCUCACGGACAAAGUUUUCAUGUAUAUUGGAAAAUAUGCAAAACAACUUGAGAUGCUUUCUAUAGCAUUUGCUGGUGAUAGUGAUAAGGGUAUGAUGCAUGUUAUGAAUGGAUGCAAGAAUCUAAGGAAACUGGAGAUAAGAGAUAGCCCGUUUGGUGAUGCUGCACUCUUGGGCAAUUUUGCCAGGUACGAGACAAUGCGAUCCCUUUGGAUGUCAUCUUGCAAUGUCACAUUGAAGGGGUGCCAAGUCCUUGCAUCAAAGAUGCCGAUGCUCAAUGUUGAGGUCAUAAAUGAGCGGGAUGGUAGCAAUGAAAUGGAAGAAAACCAUGGAGAACUGCCUAAAGUGGAGAAAUUAUAUGUGUACCGCACAACUGCUGGAGCGAGGGAUGAUGCACCAAAUUUUGUUAAAAUCCUAUAGAGCUAGCUGAGUAGCAUGGUAUCCUCUUAUUCCAUAAGAUGGUCGGCGGAAUCGGGGAGGAGGCAAGGCUGGGCCGCGGCAACAGUGGUAAGCUCCUCAAGUGUCUCCUCUCCUUUGCAGGGUCAGGAAAGAAAAAAAAGCCACAUUGGUGUGCAGCCUCCCCCCACCUUCCCUUAUCCUGGAGCAUCUGGUCUGGGAUCAUCAUCCAUCAUCUCCUCCCCUGCACUGCAACUUUUUUAGCCCCGUUUGGUCCAUGCCAUACCGACCAGAGCCUUACUCCUAUCCUGUGCAAAUUCUCAGCAAGCUCAGGAGCACCAAAUCCAUCAUGUUAGCUCGUCCUUUUUUUUUUUCUCUUGUUCUUUAUUUUUUCUUUUUACCUCGUAAUAUGUAGAACCCACUGCCAUUUGCUUUUGGCAUUGCCACAGCGGAUUGUGCUGCUGUUGGUUGUAAUGCUCAUGUAUUUUUCUUUUCCAAGCCUCCUGACCGGGACGUUUCGGGGACGAUGAUUAGUUUCUCUCCUCUUUUGCUCCUGUGAAUGCAUGCAGUGCACGGAAUAAUUUCUGCCUCGACCCUACUCCCUCUGCCCAAAAAAAAAACCAAUU